GGUCGGAGCGAGCCUCUUCAACCUGUCCAACUGCAGAAAGGGCACGAGCCAAACACAGCCAAAGAUUCUGCUUGACGGCCAGUCGCUUCAGUGGCAAGACGUGAAGGCAGAUGACAAGGUGGAGCUUUGCCUUCGCGACCGAACCUGGGGGCGCUGCACGGCACUUGCAAGGGCCGAGCGCUCCGGUGAGGAUUUUGGCCCCAUCCGACAGAUCUUUGCGCGCGGCGUCUGCGGCAUCUUCGGCAGUGAGGCGCAUGAGGAGAAUGCUCUCCGCUUCUUGGCCAACAUGCUGCUAAUGAGCCUUGGCGAAUGU